UCAUCCCCAUCUACUCGCCGCCGCCACCUACGGCGCUGGAUACGACGACACAGCCAUGGCGGGAUCCUCCCUCGCGCGCCUUCAUCCACCGUCCUGCCACCCUCGCGCGCCCCAGUCCUUCUUCGCCGACGCGGCCAUGGCGGGAUCCUCCCUGCUCAAGCCAGCCCGAUCCUCCCCUCGAUCUCGUCAGAGUAGGCGGAGAUCGGGCCGCGGUGAUUCCCCUCCCCACCCAGCCACAAUGCCAUGCCCAAAUUAAGCCUCCCCCCUCCUCCGUCGCACCCAUCCCAUCCCCACUCCAAUCGCGCCGACCGCUCCUCUGCCCCACCGAGUCACCACACACUGGUGAGUGAGCCGUCGAUGGGAUGUGCGGCGGCCGCCCCCCAGCGACCAACUCCUGCAGAUGGAGACGGACUACCGGGGGCCAGUCGGAAGCUGCAGGGCGAGAUCGACCGCGUGCUCAAGAAGGUGCAGGAGGGCGUCAAUGUCUUCGACAGCAUCUGGAACAAGGUGUACGACACCGAGAAUGCCAACCAGAAGGAGAGGUUCGAGGCGGACCUCAAGAAGGAGAUCAAGAAGUUGCAGCGCUACCGCGACCAGAUCAAGACCUGGAUCCAGUCUAGGGAGAUCAAGGACAAGAAGAUCGUCUGGUCAAGGAGGACGCCAUUCUCUGUUUUGGGAAUUUUGUUGCAGUAAUUAUUAUAGCCAACAGUUCAGACUUGAUUUUGCAGGGAGCAAAUCUGCAUGUGCAAAGCGUGUAUGUGUGUGUGUAUCCAGUGAGCAAAUCUGUAGUAAGUACUGAGUAUACUAUCUGCUUUCUUUUAGUGUCUAUUCUCUGCUCGGUUCUCUUCUGACAUAUAGAUUAUUCAUCAUACUUUUAUGUGGUUGUUGUUCAUGCAAUAGAGAGCAACUUAAAAUGUGAUUUGAAAAUUAAUUUCCAGCCAAAUGAGCUUUUUUUUCUUCUAUAUAUUUUGUUGACAUUGAGUUUCUGAAUUGCUUUAUAUUAGGAUCGGGCUGAGUAUUUGUGAUGGCUGAGUCUUUCUGAUGUUACUUUAUGGUCACCAGCUCACCGGUGUACAUGUUUGCUUUCUGUUGGAUUCUUGGUGUGCUAGGAAGCACUCUUUAUACUUCCAGGGUGCAUUUUUAUAUGUGAGUAUCUUAUGUUGUUGUAAGCAUUAACAGAAUAUGCCGUGUGCAGGGAGCUCAGCAUCCGAGUCCCAGCCCACCCCUCACCCUCGCUCCGAUCCCAAGGUACCGCGUGGUUUCCGGCCAGUUCAAGAUUUUGGCUUCUGCGGGCUCUCAUGAGGUUGG